CUCAAGUCUCGUUAAGAGCUCUUCUCUAUUAUCGCGUGAUCUUCGUUGAGGCCCACCGCUAUUUAUAACCGUAAACAUACAUCCAUGAUGAGUUAUUCAGAAAAGCCUGAGGAUAUUACAAAGGAGGAAUGGAUGGAUAAACUGAAUAAUGUGCACAUUCAGAGGGCAGAUAUGAACAGGCUUAUCAUGAACUAUCUAGUAACAGAGGGAUUUAAAGAGGCUGCAGAGAAGUUUCGUAUGGAAUCUGGAAUUGAGCCGAAUGUGGAUCUGGACUCUCUGGAUGAGAGGAUAAAGAUCAGGGAAAUGGUUCUGAAAGGUCAGAUCCAGGAAGCCAUUGCUCUCAUUAACAGCCUCCACCCAGAGCUCCUCGACACCAAACGAUACCUAUACUUUCACCUUCAGCAGCAGCAUCUGAUUGAGCUUAUUCGUCUGCGGGAGACUGAGGCAGCGCUGGAGUUUGCGCAGUCACAGCUGGCUGAACAGGGAGAGGAGAGCAGAGAAUGUCUUACUGAGAUGGAGCGAACCCUGGCACUGCUCGCCUUCGACAACCCUGAAGAAUCGCCGUUUGGAGACCUGCUCAAUAUGAUGCAGAGGCAGAAGGUAUGGAGCGAGGUGAACCAGGCUGUUCUAGACUAUGAGAACAGGGAAUCUACUCCAAAAUUAGCAAAGCUGCUGAAGCUUUUACUGUGGGCUCAAAACGAACUGGACCAGAAAAAAGUGAAAUACUCCAGAAUGACAGACCUCAGCAAGGGCACGAUUGAGGACCCCAAGUAGAGACUGUAAUCCACAUGGACACAUUUGAAUAUGUUUGUCUUAUUUAUGAACAGUCAGUGACUGGAUAGCAAAUAUAAAUCUAUAUAUGUUUUUUUCUUGAUGCCUCUAUAAAAAGUAACUUAAUCAACAGUAUAUGAUUUAUUUCAAAACUAUACUGAUUGAAACCCUUAAACCUACAUUUUUACUUUAAUCUACCAUUUACUAUGCUGGUAGCCUAUUUUCUGAAGAACAUGGAAUAUUCCUAUGAUACUGUUUUUGCUAAUUUUCAGUCUGUCAUAUAUGUGUUUUGUGAUUUUAUUUUAUUUUAUUCCAACCUCUUCACUGGUUUCACAUACAGUAGUAUGUCCUCAUGCUAGGCUGUUUUUAGGGAAAUAUCAGCUCCUGGAUGGGAAGAAAAAGACUGAUAUAAUAUAACUAAUCUUUAUCGUGGAUCCAACAACUUAAUUUUUUAUUUAUGAGAAGCUACAGAUGCUGGUAAUGUGGAGUAAACAAUGUUGAGUUUUAGACCUUCAUUAUAUAAGCUAUUUUAAUUACAAAACAAAUAUUGUCAUUACAGACUUAAAGCCUUAUGUUUAUGAUUUUUCUCAUUUUUGUUCACAUUUUGUACUGCCUGUUUGGGAUAAAGUUUAUUUCACAGUAGGUUUUGUUUACUGGAGUUUUUUUUUGUAAAGCUGCUUCUCCAGAUUUCAUAGCGAUCACAGAGAUUUAAUACAGAAUGAUGUUGCAAGAUUACACGUUUUCCUGCUGCGGUGUUGCGUCACCAAUUGUACAAAAAUUGCUACAUUCCUACCUAUUAAUCACCUUCAAUCCUUAAAAAUAAAUGCAGACCAGGACGAGUUGCUCUUCAAACAUUUAAUGUAGGUGUGGCGGCGUGUAGGUGUGUUUCCGCCUCCUAUUUGUUACUGCUCGCCCUAUAAAUGCAGUAGUAAACUUUCCUCUUCGGCACAGAACCGGCUCUCAGUGUCUGGUUUUUACUCAGUUGGAUUUAAUGGCAGCUGAGCAAGAGUCGGACCGCUUCAAACCACCUGUGGACUCUGUGAAAACACCUUUCGGAAAUGUGUGUGAUACGUCAGGGUUAAAGAUAACGCAAAUUAACGACAAGACAAUAGUAUGG